AUGGCGUCAGCUGGGCCAGGUAAAAGUCCAGGUAACACUUGUGAAAUUUGCUGCCUGUCUCUCAAAUACAAUCUUUCCCUCCUUUGUUGCAGUUACGCUACAGGGAGAACCACAGGGGUGGUGCUGGACUCCGGAGAUGGCGUUACCCAUGCAGUUCCUAUUUACGAAGGGUUUGCUAUGCCUCACUCCAUUAUGCGGAUCGAUAUCGCUGGCCGCGAUGUAUCCCGCUUCCUUCGCCUCUAUCUGCGGAAAGAAGGCUACGACUUCCACACGUCAUCAGAGUUCGAGAUCGUCAAAACCAUCAAAGAGCGUGCCUGUUACCUGUCAAUAAACCCACAGAAGGACGAGACGUUAGAGACCGAGAAAGCCCAGUACUACCUGCCAGAUGGAAGCACUAUUGAGAUCGGCCCUGCCCGUUUCCGAGCCCCCGAGUUACUGUUCCGGCCUGACCUGAUUGGAGAAGAGUGUGAGGGGCUGCACGAGGUGUUGGUGUUCGCGGUUCAGAAAUCGGACAUGGACCUGCGGCGAACACUCUUCUCCAACAUUGUGCUGUCUGGGGGCUCCACGCUCUUCAAAGGCUUUGGAGACAGGCUCUUGAGCGAAGUGAAGAAACUAGCACCCAAGGACGUCAAAAUAAGGAUAUCUGCUCCUCAGGAGAGAUUAUAUUCCACGUGGAUUGGUGGGUCUAUUCUGGCCUCGUUGGACACCUUUAAGAAAAUGUGGGUUUCAAAGAAGGAAUACGAGGAAGAUGGAACCCGUGCCAUCCACCGGAAAACCUUCUAGCCCUGGGACCCGUCCU